ACAUCGCUUAAAGGAUAAGUUUAAAACAAUAAAUCGGACAAAAAGAUCAGUUCGAUGAAUGAUUCCGAAACAAAAGCAUUUCAUAAAUUAAAUAUUUCUGAACCAUUUGACAAUCUCAGUCUCAGUAAUUGGAGAGUAAAGCAAGAGUCUCCGACAGUUCCCGAUGACGAGAAACCACAUAAGGAGGAGCCGAUCACACAAACCUCGAGUUCAAGUCCUCUAAUUCCGAAGUGUAUCAAAGAAAUCUGCUCGUCACCUAAGUCAAUAGAGCUUCAUGUGAUCUACGAUGCGCCCACAUCACAAGCAACCUAUCAUUACUCGGUUACUUGGGAAUCAGAUGAUGAUUUUGAGAUAACUGAGAUGUCGGAGAGCACCGGCAAGAGUUGCUCUUCAAUGGUUUGCGGAAGAUAUUCACCAGUUUCUUCAAAAUGUGAUGGUCCAUGCCAGAAAGAGUUUCCGUCAAACUUGCUAAACACUAUUGGAAGAUGCGAUCACUAUCUCUGCACUGCGUGCUUUGGACUUGUCAAAAAUUCGGAUGGAACCAACGGCUGCAGCUCUCGACAAUGCUUCUCGAAAGGAUCAACUAGCAAGGAAAUCAAGAAAAACUUCGAAAAGGGCAUCUGUCGUAAGCAAAGAUCAAGAGCUCGAGACAUGAAAGAGAGAGGUAUUGAUGUGAAAAGUGCGUCGGCAGUGAGCUCCUAUUCGGGAAUGAGUUCGAAAAGCUCAUCCACUGAAACGGACUGCUCUGUGAUAUCGGUUACACUUUCCGUCGUGUCUACAAUUCCUGAUUUCGCCACUGCAAUCCCGAUUGAAGCCCAUCCAAAAGUUAAAACAAUGCUCGUUGUCGUUGAACCAACUGAAGAUUACGGAAUCGGCCAAACCCACGUGGAAUUGGAGAUGAAUCCAUCCGUCAAGCUUAUGGAUGCCAUUUGGGAAUUACUUUAUCGAAAACGGAAGAUAUUUGACGAUUACGUUCCCUACAGCAGUCUUUACUUUGCAGCCAUUAAGAGUAGUGAAAAAGUGGGAAUGCGUCGAAUUGAGAAAAAGUUUUGGUCAAGCUGGUUGCUUAUGGAUGUUCCGAAACUUGGAGACCGUAUCACAUUGGUUUUAGAUAUGGGAGGUUAUGUGAAAAAAGGAGCAGACAUCUACUUGAAAUGAUAUCGUGUGAUACUAUGAAAUAAAGAUUCGAAAUUUGAAA